UUCAGCUGCAAUAUCAUACACAUAUAUCGCUAAAUCCCCACAAACAUGGUAUAAUUAACCCGAUUCAAACGUCUUUCCACUUAAAAUCCCAUCGCUAAUGUUUCAUCUUCUAAUAAUGAUCGUGUGCUAGUCACAUGCUAGUUGAAUGGAAUGGAUGAUGUACCUUAUUGUUAUUGUGCCUAUGAAAUACCUUUUCGUGGAGUGUCUUCAGAAAAUCCAACUGGUCAUUUAUUAACUGCUAUUCGAAAUUCCGGGGAGAAGUUGUUGUUUGGCAAACCAUUGGAUGCAAUUUAUCGAUAUGGCUCAUUUGAAGUGCUACACAAUAAAUUAGCCUUAUAUGGUGUUUUAGGCUUAUCAAGUUGGGAAGUUUUAUUUGUCCCGUGUAUUAAUCCUAAGCAAGUAAACGAUGAAGAUGUGAAUUCUGUUCGGUUAGUUUUAUUUAAAAUGAUCAAUCUUUUCUUCUUUAUUUUUUCUCCAUGGUAG